AUGGAUGUCGCUUACAUUCCUGAAGACUUAUCCAGUUGUCCAGACCUUGGAAAUAAAUCCUGCCCUCCCACCAAUCGCCCUUUCCAAGUCCGGGUGCUCAUGUAUUCGAUGAUGACUGGAGCCAUGGUGAUCACCAUCUUUGGAAACUUGGUCAUCAUGAUUUCCAUAUCCCAUUUCAAGCAGCUUCACUCCCCCACGAACUUUCUGAUCCUCUCCAUGGCAACCACGGACUUCCUGCUGGGAUUCGUCAUCAUGCCCUACAGCAUGGUGCGGUCCGUGGAGAGCUGCUGGCACUUUGGGGAGGGCUUUUGCAAAUUCCACGCAAGCUUUGACAUGAUGCUGAGCCUGACCUCCAUUUUCCACCUCUGCUCUAUCGCUAUCGAUCGGUUUUAUGCUGUGUGCUACCCUCUACACUACACAACCACCAUGACCCCCUCCAUGAUAAAGCGACUGCUGGCCUUUUGCUGGUCGGCCCCAGCUCUCUUUUCUUUCGGUUUAGUUCUCUCUGAGGCCAAUGUAUCGGGGAUGCAGAGCUAUGAGAUCCUUGUUGCUUGCUUCAAGUUCUGUGCACUUACUUUUAACAAAUUCUGGGGGACAAUACUGUUCACUACAUGCUUCUUUACUCCUGGCUCCAUGAUGGUUGGCAUUUAUGGCAAAAUUUUUAUCGUUUCCAAGCGACAUGCCCGAGUUAUCAGUAACAUGCCUGAAACCACAAAGGAGGAAGUGAAAAAAAAUCUGUCUAAGAAAAAGGACAGGAAGGCAGCCAAGACCCUGGGUAUAGUGAUGGGGGUGUUUUUAGCUUGCUGGUUGCCUUGUUUUCUUGCUGUUUUGAUCGACCCCUAUUUAGACUAUUCUACCCCCAUCAUAAUAUUGGAUCUCUUAGUGUGGCUCGGGUACUUCAAUUCCACUUGCAACCCACUCAUUCACGGUUUCUUUUAUCCAUGGUUUCGAAGAGCCCUCAAGUACAUAGUGUCAGGGAAAAUAUUUAGCUCCCAUUCAGAAACUGCAAAUCUUUUUCCUGAAGCACACUGA